AUAUAAUGAUCGUUGCAACUCUGUCAGGAAAUGCGCCCGUGUUUGAAAGAUGACGGACGUACCUAGUGACGCACUAGAGCACUGUCCGGGCACGAGCAGUGACCUGGCUGGUAAAUCAUCUGCCUGUCAGGGAUGCCCAAAUCAGAAUAUGUGUGCAUCUGGUGCUGCCAAAGCCCCUGAUCCCGCCAUUGAGGAAAUCAGGCAGAAGAUGACAUCUGUGAAGCACAAGAUUCUAGUUCUGUCUGGCAAAGGGGGUGUUGGGAAGAGCACAUUCAGUGCACAUUUAUCACAUGCAUUAGCUAGUGAUGACUCCAAAGAGGUAGCACUGCUAGAUGUAGACAUUUGUGGGCCAUCAAUACCAAAAAUAAUGGGGCUGGAGGGAGAGCAGGUUCAUCAGAGUGGCUCUGGUUGGUCCCCAGUGUAUGUAGAGGACAACUUGGCCGUCAUGUCAAUUGGCUUCCUGCUCAAUAGUCCAGAUGAUGCUGUUAUUUGGAGAGGCCCAAAAAAGAAUGGCAUGAUAAAACAAUUCUUGAGAGAUGUGGACUGGGGAGAAGUGGACUAUUUAAUUAUAGACACACCACCAGGAACUUCUGAUGAGCACUUGUCCGUUGUGCAGUACCUCAGCAGUGCUGGCAUUGAUGGAGCUGUCAUUAUCACCACCCCACAGGAAGUGUCUCUGCAGGAUGUGAGAAAAGAGAUCCGAUUCUGUAAAAAGGUCAAAUUACCCAUCAUAGGCGUGAUAGAGAACAUGAGUGGCUUUGUUUGUCCUAAGUGCAAGAAUACAUCACAGAUCUUUCCUCCGACCACUGGAGGUGCACAGAGGAUGUGUGAGGAGAUGAACCUCCCUCUUCUGGGCAGAGUACCCCUGGACCCACGGAUAGGGAAAAGCUGUGAUGAGGGAAAGUCUUUCCUGACAGAAGUUCCAGACUCUCCUGCAGCAAUGGCCUAUCAGAGUAUUGUCCAAAAAAUCCGAGAUUACUGUUCUUCUCAUUCUGCAUCAGAUUAUCUUUGUUAACACACAGGACAUCCAGUAGAUCUUUGUCCUGCUUGCUGCGAUAUCCUAUGAAUUCAGAGUGCAGUGUCCUGUGAUUGGUCAAUCACAAAACAAAAGUCUUUGUUAAGUCAUAAUUGUCUGUUCAAAUACUUGUUACUAUUAGAAACUAUUCCAUGUGUAUCCAAGCGUGAAACUAUGGCCUUUCGAAACUGUGCACUCGCUUCCCCUGAAUUCAAAGAUACUGGAAAGUAUGAAAAUUGAGAAUUAAAAAUGAUGUUCUAAGUGAUAUAAAAGUAGGACUCCAUGAAAAGUUGUACUUGAAUCCAGGUUUGCAAAAUUGCAAUGAUACAGGUGAUGGUAAUAAAAGCAUAAUUAUAAUUAUGAUUUAAUUGGCAUGUUUCAACAGAGCAAAAGGAUAUAUAUUUUGUUUGUUAGAAAUCAUUUUUGAUGGGAACUAAAACAAGGCUGACCUACAACGGCAUGCACUGUAUGAAUGUCACAUCUAAUCACUUGUAAUUUUUACAACUCUUGUUUUCUGGAGUAACUUGUCUACUGAAAAUAUUUAGUUUUCCAAUGAUUCAUCAUAUUAGGGAUGAAUAUAAAUUUAAACAACAGUACAACCCAUUGAACAGACUGUACUUUUGUCCCUCACAGCCUUGUUUUAUUCCAGUCAAAAAUAAAAUGUGGCACUCUGACUUAUGUCAGUAGCCCUGUUUAAAAUGUAUUUGGAAUGUUUUGUACAAAUGCUAAUAAAUUUC